UUCCUGAAUCGGGGUUAGCUGCUUGUUGCUGUGUUUGAUAGCAGCAUGUAGAUGAGAAGCAGAAGAGGGAGAAAGCAGCAGCAGGAGGCGACUUUCUCGAGAAGCAGAGACGAAAAGAGGAAUUUGGGAGAGAGUUGACUUCGAAACAUGGAUUACUGGAGUGCCUUGGAGGUGUACAAAGAGAUGGUGCUGCUGUAUGUGGAGGAGGGCCGGCGGCAGGUGAACUCUCACUGCGCGCACCUGGAACCAUGGCAGAUCAUUGGAGCAACAAUCAUCACCACACUGGGAGCAAUCUGGAUCAAGGGCCUCCUCUUCCAGCAAGAAAGUCUGACAUCACGAAUAAAGAAGCAGUGCUUUCGAAUCAUCAGAAAAAUCCCCUACAUUGGCGGAGCAAUUCAGAGCCAGCUGAACAAGGCUUUGGAUGACAUGUCUGACAGUCUGUGCACUUUGAAGAAUGGGAUGAGCUACACUAAACAGCUGCCAUCUAAAGGUCUCUCUCAGACACAAGUGCUAGACAAAAUCCGAGAGUACCAGACUCUGAAUGAGGUGAAAUGGGAGAAAGGAUGUGUUUCGGGUGCAGUGUAUUGGGGUGACGAAACACUGACCAAACUGCUGGUGAAGGUGUAUGGAGAUUUUGCUUGGAGCAAUCCACUUCACCCAGACAUCUUUCCAGGCGUAAGAAAGAUGGAGGCAGAGGUUGUCAGAAUGUGUUGCACACUUUUCCAUGGUGGUCCCAGCUCUUGUGGCACAGUUACUUCAGGGGGAACUGAGAGCAUACUGAUGGCCUGUAAAGCAUACAGAGACAUGGCGUAUGAACGAGGUGUCAAAUACCCUGAAAUUGUUGCACCUGUGAGUGUCCACGCAGCCUUUAACAAAGCAGCACAUUAUUUUGGUAUGAAGCUGGUUCAUGUGCCCCUUGACAAUAAAACUAUGAAAGUAGACGUGAAGGCUAUGAAGAGAGCUAUCGGCAAGAACACAGCCAUGCUCGUGUGCUCAGCACCGCAGUUUCCACAUGGAAUCAUGGAUUCUGUUGAGGAAGUCGCUAAGCUGGCUGUACGUUAUAACCUCCCGCUGCAUGUGGAUGCGUGUCUUGGAGGUUUUCUCAUUGGCUUCAUGGCCAAGGCUGGUUAUUCACUCGCACCGUUCGACUUCAGGGUAAAAGGUGUCACCAGCAUGUCUGCAGACACCCACAAGUAUGGCUACGCCCCCAAAGGCUCCUCUGUAAUCCUGUACAGUGAUAAAAAAUACCGUCACUACCAGUACUUUGUAGCUCCAGACUGGCAGGGGGGAAUCUAUGCCUCACCCUCUGUCGCAGGCUCCAGGCCAGGUGGAAUCAUCGCCGCCUGCUGGGCGACCAUGAUGCACAUGGGAGAGAAUGGAUACUUAGAUGCCACCAGGAAAAUCAUCAGUACAGCACGCAAAAUCAAAACAGAAAUCCGCAAGAUAAAAGGAGUGUUUGUGUUUGGGGAUCCGGAGGUGUCAGUAGUGGCAAUAGGAUCAGAUGAUUUUGAUAUUUUCCGUCUGUCUAAUGCUCUGACGUCGAAGGGCUGGAAUCUGAACACUCUACAGUAUCCAUCCAGCAUCCACAUUUGUUGCACAGUUCUGCACACCAAGCCUGGAGUUGCAGAUCACUUUAUUCGUGAGGUCAAAGAGCAGGUUGCCAUCAUCAUGAAGAACCCCAAAGAGAAAACUACAGGAAUGGGAGCGAUCUAUGGCAUGGCCCAGUCCAUCCCAGACAGAUCCAUGGUGACAGAGAUCUCCCGAGGCUUCCUCGACUGUCUCUACAGCACUGAGGUGCGCGACACCGGCCACAUGAACGGCAACGGCAAAGCCCACUGAAACAGAAUUGGGGCCCCUCGCAGCCUGAGCACACUGCAUGCUUGUUUCCUCUAGAGCUCUGAUUUAACUGCUCAACGGUUGCCUUACCUUGCACACCUACAACAUGGGAGAACAUCUGUGAAGCACAAGCCACUGUCAUUUUAAUCAGGCCACGGGGGAGAAUCACAUGUAAUUCUGUGCCCAAAGGGCUCAGAGAAGUGACAACUUUUUGGUCUUUUCAUUUAAUUAACUCAAUGACGUAGAACUGUGUGACUUAUGUUUUUAAUGUUCAUAUUCAUUUUUUAGCUUUUGUCAAAUGCAUAUGUCUGGCAUAAUUUCAUUGUGAAUUCAUUCAGAUUUAAUUUCUUUAAACUCCAGAAACAUUUCAGCUUGCAAACACUGCUUCAAUGACUCGGCAAAAAAAUUAUACUCUUUAGAAACUCUGUGCUGCCCUCUAGCAUGAAAUCUGAUGUACUGCUCCAGACUGGCUCUAAACGUGGAGGUGUGUCGAGCUGUGUUUGAAUACCAUUUUCACCAUCAUAUAGAAAUAGUUUGCUGGAAAAUAGCAUUUAAAUGAGAAUGCACUGCUAUGCCCUGACAAGAACAUAUCAGGUAAAUCUGUAAUUCACUUGAAACUACACUUCUCUGACUUUAUGUCUGUUUAUUCUUGUUUGCACUGUGUUUGAUGACAUUCAGUUUUUUUUUAAGUCUAUAUUUGUGGUCUAACAUCCACCGUGAUAGGGAUUGAGGACGGAGGGAGAAUAACUUGCAAUGCGUGAUCUUUAAAUACAACAAAUUGUCUUUAAAUGUAAGUGAGGGACAAGUUGCAACCAGGAAAAUGCAUAUUUGAGAGUGGAAAGAGGAAUCCAAAGAUUACCAGCCAUUAUUUUUAUUUUUUUUCCAGAAUUGGGGAAGAACUUGCGCAUAGUCGUUGGUUUGUAAAACAACUAUCUUAUCUUAUAAUAACAGACUGGACUGAAAGAUGUUUCCAACCCUGGUCUAGUGUAUAUUGCACACUUUUACUCAGUCUGCAGAGUCACCUGUGUACUACCUUAUUUUAAUUAUUUAAAUCUACCUCAGUUUCUGCUCAUCCACUUAUAUACAUUCUAACAGGGCAACUGUUUUUAUUUUCCAUUUAUAACAGAAACUGCAAUAGUGUUGUCAGUAAUAAUCCGUUCAGCAGGAAAUGUGUGCAUUUAACAAUAAGUUGUUGUUUUGGUGUCACAAGGUAACACCAAAAGGACCUUGUGUUGUUCUCAUGACGUGUGCUCUUAACAUUUUUGCUUCUUGAUUUUGUAUUUCCAUGUUUGUGCAAUAUGUUUUCCUUUUUAAUGAAUGAGAAAUGAAUGGGAAUACUCCACUAUCAAUGUUAUGUUAUUAGAGGCAUUGUAUUGAAGAUGUUAUUGGUGUAAUUUACCAUUCGUGUUUAUUAGUCACUUAAUUUGUGAGGCUUUUCUUAACGACCUGUGAUUUUACACACGGAGCAGUUUUACAAAGAUGAUAGAUGAAUGUAUUUUAGCUUAUUACGUGCAGGGACGUUUUUUCAUCUUUUGUUCAUUCACACCUGGUUAAAAGACUAAUGACAGAUAUUAGGACAUUAACAGCUCCACUAAACCCAUCCAUCUUCAAUUACUGCAGCCAGUGACAGGAUGUGGAGACAUGCCUGUGCAAAACAAACAAACAAGGGCUUCUCCAACAACAAACAACCAUCCAAUUUGCUUUUUAGACAAACGUAUGAUGAAUGAAUGGCAAAGAAAUAUCUUUUUAAUAAAACUGUUUAAUUCAAA